AUGGAUUAUCGACGCCUCCAACACUCGUAUCCGCCCCGGCCUUCGCCUCUAGGGACUUCAGAACCUCGCGUCGAUCGGCAGUUCGUUGCGCCUGAGUCUCGCGGUCGACCCGAUUCCGAAAAGCCUCGAGCGUACCCUUCUGCAAAUUCUACUCCCUCCCCAUCGCAAAUUUAUCAAUCUACCGCGACCCGGGGGUCUCUCGCGACCCUUCGUGGCGAUACCCUCGGCGCAUAUAUUCCUUCAAGACAAGGCCAGACACAUCGUCGACACGGAAGUCUGGAGUCCCGGAAUCACGUUCAGACACACCGCCGAAAUAAUUCACAGCCUCAAGCUAUCAGGUAUCGCGAAGGUCAGUUGUUUGUUUGUUUUAAUUUCUGUUUCAUGUCGCGUGGCCCAUCGGUUCCGAUGCCCCAGAUUCACGCGAUUUCCAAAGAUCGAAGAUGUGCCAUCACUGGCCUCUGUGGACCUUGGGACGAGGAUUUGCGCAUCAAAAGCCAAACUCAGCGACCAUCCAAUCCAGACCCCUUCUGCUUCGUACUCCCCUUCACCCAGCACCUGAGCCCAUCUCCCCUGAUGGAUUUUCCCCGGUGGCGCAGAUCGACUGGACGACAGCUCCAACUCGGGAGCGCUAGUCCAGUCGGGCUUUUGGAUGCUUCCGUGAUGAACCAUACGCCUCAAGAUACGACACGUCGUACCUCUCAGGGCAGCAGUGGCAGUCCUGGAUUCACUGGUGAGCACCGACCUGCGCCCGAGAGCCCCGUGCAACCUCCCGUGUCGCGAUACAUUUCGUCACCCAAGCCGAUCGGGCAUGCGCGGUCAUCUAGGGAUUUUUUUCUCUUGCAGUACAUGUUAACACAAACCCACUCGAUAGGUCAUCACGAACAGUCGGCCCCUCCAUCUUUUGGUAUUCGUCAAAUGCCACCUCCCUCCCCUCCCCACUCUUAUUCCUCGCGAGCCCAAUCUGCCCAAUCCAACCACACACCUGGAGGGCCCCUGAUGUCGCGCGAGGCUCCCAGUAGCCAGGCGCACCGACCCGGUAGUAGCAUGUCGAUUUCUGCCAUGCUUGGCUCCGAGCCGGAGCGGACUGCGCGAGAACCCGUGCGUGAAUCAGGGCCAUUCUUCUCGCGACCAUCCGCGGCAUCGAUAUUCAGCAAUGCACCACCCUCAUCUUCUUCCGCCGCGAUGUCCCCACCAACGGCCCCGGCGAGACCAUCGUCACUCGAGAAUUCGUUAUUUCGCCGUUCGCAAACACCGGAAAAAUCAUUCUCAAGGCCACAAGGUGCCCGCGCGUAUCGAUCUGGAUCUGGUGGUGGCUCUAGUUUGGUGGGCGCCGAACAGUCGGUUUUUGGGGGCUUGACACGCUCUUCAUUAUCCCAGUAUCCUGAAAAACCACAUUCAACACAUCCCUCGCCUCGAAUUUCCACGGCAGACACGCCCUACACAGAGCCUCGUCGCAUGAGUUUAAAUGGGCCGAUCGCUCGGCCCAGCAGUCAACCACCCCAGGCAGAUGCAUCCACGCGUCCACCAGGAUACAGCCCAAUCUCCCAACCCGGUGGUGUUGCUGCAGAACGUGCGCUUGAGCCUGGCCCACGCUCUACGUCUGGGUCGUACGGAGCUGCUGACCCACAACAACACGGUCGGUUUGGAAACAUAUUUGGUGAGCGUCGCUCGGAGGAGACUGCGCAGCGGGAUCGAGAGCGUGCUUCAGUCCAUGCGCCGGAAACCAAGCCAUCCCAGCCUGGAUCAUUCCGACAUGGCUCGCACUAUAGCGACCGUGAGCCACUUGACCGUCACCAGAGCGGGUCAGCUUGGGACCACGGUCGCUCAUACCCCCCUUCGCCAGAGAAUAAACGUUAUCACGCACCGGACCACAGCCCGGCUUUUGGUUUUGGUGCCAUACAGAGCUACACAAAAUCACUAGGGUCACAGCCUGGCGGGAACAGACAGCCCGGCUCUUUGCACUCUCGAAACAACCAGCCCACUCCCCCGCCUCAUGAUCCAUAUAACAGACAGCACACUCAGUUUCCACGUCUCGGUGCCACGCCCACUAUAACCGCUUCCACCGUUGCUGCGUCGACGAGUCUAGCCGCCCUAGCCGACGAGGGACGCCGCAAGGGCAGCGACGAGCUGCUUCAUCAUCGCAACCUUCUGGCUGUAGGUGCUGAUGGAAAACGAGGAGGUCGUGCAUCUCCUCUUCCCCAGGCCGUUCAAGGUGCCCAGGCUCCGUUCAUAGGCCCUGCUGGUGAGACGGCAAUCAAAAAUGAACUUGGUCGCGUAUUUUCGGGCAUUGGAAGUGGCGUGGGUGGCGUGGGUGCGACUACUGGUGGCAGCGGGCAAUCGACACCACUGGGGUCUAGUCCUUUCAAACGCGAUAGCCUGACCGGCCGCUCGAUCAACGGUGAUCCGAUGGAUGAAGCGGCGCGGAUUGCUCGACCUUCCUCUGCCUCUGGUCGAAGAUCAAGGAAAUCACGAGAUGAGGAACAGAUGGAGAUCGAGGAUCCUCGAGGCGUAUUAUCAGCACGUAAUGCACGUCGCUCCCGCCAUGCCCACCACCAUCACCACCAUCACCACCAUCAUCGCCAUAAGGCAGACGAAGAGGCCGUCACACUAAGCUCUCUUCAUCGUCCUACCAACUUCCACCGAACUUCUCCGGCCGAUCCUACCGCCGGACAUCAUCACCAUCACCACCAUCACCAUCACCAUGUCCCUCGACAAGCCACCAUCCCGGCUGCAUCACCCAUCCGCGAGCCUCGUACGACAGUCAACAUCGAGCCAAUACUAUCCAGCGUCUCGCAUUUACCUCGUCAUCACCUUGGUUCCACCCUCUACACACCCCGUGUUGGGGCUCCUACGGCCAAAUCCUCUUUAGACAGCUCCAAGUUUGGAUAUACAACAACCCCUCAGCCUCUGCCACGCUUUGAACAGAGAGAGAACUGCACUUUCACCGUCCGAGUUCCCCGCUGGCGCAUCAAUCAAUCCCAUCGGGAGGAGAUUUGCGCACGGCGCGCAAUCUGGGGCACAGGCGUCUAUACCGACGAUUCAGACCCCGUUGCUGCCGCUAUCCACUCUGGCUUUAUACGUGGCGCCUGGGGCGACGAUGUCGAUGAGUCAAUGCUUGAUCUUGAGAUCAAGGACACAUAUCAGCACGCGCCGCCCCCGACCGACGCCGAAGGCGAAAAGUCCGAAGCCGAGGCCAAGGCUCCACGUAUUCCCCCAGUACCCCCAGCAGACAAGGAUUUGCACAUCACUUUGCUUGUUCUCCCUCGUGUGAAACAGUACGAUUCAACUCUCCUGUUUGGCCUCAAGUCCCGCAAAUGGGACGGCCGUCACGAUGGCAUGAGCUUCAAGGUCCACGCCGUGGACUGGGUCGAUGAGGGCGUUGGCCGUGGCGAGGAGCGUGGCGGUGAGGCUCGUCGCAAACGUCUUCGAACCCUGAUGCAAACCGGUCGCAUAUGCACUGGACCUGCCAUGGCGAAGAUGGACGAGCUGCGCCGUACUGGCGUACAGGUCCCUCGUCCUAUCGAGGGCCGGGAUCAGGCGACUGCAGUGCAGCUCGUCUCUUGA